AUGACAGCAGUUUCCAUUGAAGCACUUGGACAUCAGUUUACUGAUGGUUGCACUGCAGUGGAGCUAAUGUUAGCCAUGCCACACAACUUGGUUGGAUCCACAAGUGUGAAAGAAGAGUCGACCAACACUUCCAAAUUGGAAAUGAUGAGCUCCAAGCUCUAUGUGAAUUCCUGCAUCAACCAGUUGCAACUUAAGACUGCACUUCCACUUAAACGAAAUUUUCCAUUUCUUGCGAUGUGGAAUGCGCCAACAGAGCUAUGCACAAAGAAGUUUGGAGUGACUUACAAUCUAACACCUUUUCCAAUGGUAUCCACCACACGAAGAAGUCCACUUCAGCAGGACAUUAGAAUCUUCUUCAAUGGUAUGAUUGGCCACUAUCCUCACUACAAUGAGCUAACUGGUCAGGAGUUCAAUGGUGGCAUCCCACAGCAGGUCAAAAUGGAUGAGCACUUGCAAAAGGCUGCGCACGAUAUUGAAGAGUUAAUUCCAUCAAACAUGUCCAGAGGGUUGGCAAUUAUUGACUGGGAAAAUUGGAGGCCCCUCUGGGAUCGAAACUGGCACCACAAACUCAUCUAUAAACGCCAGUCCAUUGAAUUAGUCCAACAGAGGGACCUUUCCUUAACAAGACAAAGGGCAGCUGCUAUUGCCAAGACUGAAUUCCAAGAAGCUGCAAAACAGUUUCUAUUAAAGUCUUUGCAGCUGGGAAAGAAAUUAAGACCGAAUCAACUUUGGGGAUAUUACUUGUUCCCUCAUUGUUACAACUAUAUGCACAAGAACAAAAACAGAACGUACACAGGGAUGUGUCCAUCACGUGCAAUAUCGCGGAAUAAUGAACUGCUCUGGUUAUGGCAAGAAAGCACAGCCUUAUACCCGAGUAUUUAUAUGUCCAGAAUAUUCAAGUCUUCCAACAAUGCGAAGCUUUUUGUACGGAAUCGUGUCCAAGAGGCGAUGAGGGUGGCAGCAUUUUCCAAGGAGAACCAUUCUCUCCCUGUCUAUCCCUACACCAGAGCAGUCUAUCGUGAUUCUCUGAAUGAAACCCUCUCUGAGGACGACCUUGUCAGGACAAUUGGUGAAAGUGCAUCUCUUGGAGCAGCAGGGAUCAUUGUGUGGGAAAGCUCAAACAUAACUCAAAAUAAACAAUCGUGCUCAAUGCUGCAGAGUUUUGUUGACGAUGUCCUGAGCCGCUACAUCUUCAAUGUAACCCGUGCAGCGAGAUUGUGCAGCAGGGCACUGUGCAGCAACAAAGGUAGGUGUUUAAGAAAGAACUGGGAAUCCAGUGACUAUCUGCACUUGAACCCGAGCAGCUUCAAGAUACACAGAAAGAGAAAUGGGCACCUUGCAGUAAAAGGCCAAGCAUCCUUCAGUGACCUGCUGUACUUUGCUGAGAAAUUCAUCUGUCAGUGCUAUGUUGGAAAAAACUGUGACUCUCAGUCUCCUGUUCAACAACACGAUUGA